CUUAGCCGAAACCUCGACAGCCGCAAAGCAGCCUAACAGAAACGAAAAAUGGGAAAGAAAGCAAAAACCUCAAGGAAAGGGAAGAAGGCAUGGAGAGCUAACAUAAGCACUGAAGACAUCCAUGAUUUCUUCGAGAAGUCCACGAAAGAUUCCCUCUCUGGGGGUUCUCUUACUUCUGCUCUUACUGAAUCCCUCUUUGUCAUCGACAAGUCUAAAGAUCUUUCUGUCAAGAAGAAGAUUGAGAAGAAAAGAGAAAAGGUAUUGCGAGUGGAUAGUAUGUUGGAGAAGAACCCUUUUGUUGAAGCAGUACCAUCUUCGAAGCAAAAGAGUUCCAAGAAGAAAAAGGAGGCUUUGAAAGCUGCAGAUGCUGUAGUUCAAGACGCUCCCAAGGCUGAAUCUGUCCCUGACUCUGGCAUGGUUCCCUUAUGGGGAGAUGGAGCUCAGCAUGGCAGUCGCAAAGCUAGGCAGGUUUCUAAACAGUCCAUUAUUCCUGCUGUGGAAGUCGAGGCUCCUGGAUGUUCAUACAAUCCCACAUUCGAAAGUCAUCAGGAUUCGUUGGCUCAAGCUGUUGCGGAGGAAAUGCAAAAGGCCUACAAGAUAGAGUUGGGACCUCAGCCAGUUCCAUUAACUGUUAUGGGAGAAGUGGUUGAUGAAGAUGAUAAAUACUUUAUCGAGGCAGAUGAUAGAAGCGAUGAUGAUAUGAAUGAGGAGGAUCCAGCCAUUGAGAAAAGGACUCUCAAAACAAAGAGGGUGACUCGAGUUGAGCUAAAUAAGAGAGCUAGAAGGAAAGAGGUGCAGAAAAAAGAAGCUGAAGCUAAAAAGAAACAGGAGUUUACCAAAGACAUUGACAACUUGUCGGAUAUCUUACAAGAAAUAGCCAAAGAGGAAGAGGAGAAGCAAAAGAAACAUCUUCGAAAGGCCAUAGCUAAACAAGAAAGACUUAAGGCAUGUCCACCACGCUUGGGGAAAUACAAAUUCCAGCCUGCUCCUCCACAAGUCCUCUUAUCUGAAGAGCUUACUGGGUCUCUUCGCAAGCUUAAGGGUUGUGCUACACUUGCAAGAGAUAGAUUUAAAAGUUUAGAGAAGAGAGGCCUAAUUCCCCCAUCAGCCAAGAGUGGAAGGAAAUAGAGAUGAUUUGUUUCCAAGGAUGUCGACCAUUCCAUUUUGUGGUGAGGCAAAUCAGAAGACUUUUCACCUGAUGCCAUUUAAAGUAAGCAAGCCGGAUCCAUCUGCGUUCUUUGAAUGCCUCCCUGUUUUUUAUGAUGGUUUAAAAUUAACAGAUAGUUGUUUUCUAUUCCUUUUUGACACCAAAGCUGUUUUGCGAUAUAAGAAAUCCUGGAAGAUUAUUUAGUGAUGUUUCUCAAAUCAGAAUUGUCAUUUAUGUUAGUUUUUUUGUUA